AUGGUUCUUGAUUCAACCCUGAACCGACGAAACCCCGCAGGUUCCAGACAACACGGUGCAGGUAGUGCCUCAUCCACAUCUACAAACCGGCACUUCAACAGGGAAACAUCCACCGCGUCAUCACGUCGCCCGCCAUCUCUUCAACGAUCCACUCCGUUUGUGGAUCAAUUCGCAUUCACUGAAGAGGAGAUGGCCCUUGAAAGUGAUCUCUUCGCCACCGAGCAGCAGCCAACGCAUUCCGGACCCUGGGCGGCUAACCGAGACCGGUCGUUGCCUCUGGUUAAGAAUGGACGCAGUCUCAAUACACAAUCGGACAGUGUCUACAAAUCUGGACGGCAAGGAGAAGCCAGUCUCAAAAUUGGCCAUAUUUAG